AUGGUUUUGGGAGUCGUGAUGAUCGCAACUAUGUUGCCUACUAUGAUAGGUCUGAAUCAGGCUACUCAGAGUACACGAGACCAGGAGGAAGAUCGAAGGGCCAACGCCCGCAAAACCCGCACCCACCUAAUGGCAACAUGCACCCUGGAUCAAGGAACUCUGGAGCAACGCAAAGAGAUACACAACGCCCACGUCCAGGUGGGUCUGGACGGCAAACUCUACAUCACCAAACAUCCUAGUUCCACGAUGGUGCCGUUCAAUGGUGGCUACUUCACUCACCCCGAGUUUCCGCCGGAGAAUACGGCCGGCAUGGUAACUGUCAGUGGUGAGGAAACCCCCACCCUUCGAUGGGUGUUCCUUGAUGCUCUUACCCAUGAGCUACGCUGGGGUGGUCGGGAUGAAUCUGCCGGCCAGAUUUGUGGUCCCUACGAUUGGACUAAGGACGAGCUCUACAUGACCCUCGAUGGCUGGGAAGGAUGGCUGGCAGUACGAUUGCCAGAAGAUGAGGAUCAGGCUGAGGGUGACGGUGAAGAUGAUGAGAUUACCAAUGGGCGUUGGAGGUUGUAUUUUGAUCAGAAUGAUAAUGGGGCCGAUCUCCCAUCGGGGGCGCAAGUACUCGAGAUUCGACUCAAGCGAGUUCUAUCAGAUUCCUGA